UCGGGGCCCGGUAACCUGUCAUAUCCCCGACUACUGUACCGGUGUGGAUUGUUGUGUGGAGGUUGGGCCUAUAGGUAGAUCCUUCAAUGCGUAUGUCCUCAUGGAUGCCUGCAAUAAUCAACUAAGCGUCGGCAUCGAUAACUUUCGCUUCAAUGUGUCGCUGUUUAACUAUGAAUAUGGCAAACAGGAACAGUUUUAUCUCAAAGGAGUGAUCAGAGUUGAUUUUACCCUGAUAAACCUGGAAGGGGAGAAGAAGUACAUGGUGAAUAUGAACCUAAGUGUCUGUUUUGAACAAGCUGCUGCUGACUGUCUCAUCUCGUUACAAAUAUUUGAGGACUUUAAGCUGACCAAGUUGUUCUGUGAUUGGAAUUCAGGGUUUCGAAUCCCAGAUUUUUCCCUGGAUAGCUACGUAAAUAGCCUAGGAUUACCCUCGGGGACAACACUGUCCGGAUUUCUUCUCGACCAAUUACUUGAGGCCACUGGACUCGCUGCAUACUUACUGGAUGUACCAUGUUCUCAUAGCAGCUCGCCAUUUGCAGCAGCUUCAUCCUCUAAUGGGUGGAAUGAUGGUAAUCUUUUCUAUUAAAUGAAUUGUAAGCUAUAUAUAACCCUGGUAAAUACCAUACAGCUUGAGAGAAAG